GUGUGUCCUGCUGUCCCUCAGCAGAAGCAUCAAUCAACAUGAUCCCCAUUGUGCUGGCCUCAGUGCUCAUUGCUAGCGCCCUUGGGUGCGGCAACCCACCUAUUUCUCCCUUGACCACCCGUGUGGUCAACGGACAGGAUGCCAAGCCCCACAGCUGGCCCUGGCAGAUCUCUCUGCAGUAUGAGAGGGACGGUGUGUACAGGCACACUUGUGGGGGAUCUCUGAUUGCUGCCAACUGGGUCAUGACUGCUGCUCACUGCAUCAACGACCAGUUCUCCUACAGGGUGUUUGUGGGAAAACACAACCUGGUUGAGGACGAGUCUACCUCUAAGGCGAUCGUGCCUGAGAAGAUUAUUGUCCAUGAGAAAUGGAACCCUAUCUUUGUGGCCUUCGGUAACGACAUUGCCCUGAUCAAGCUGUCAGAGUCUGUGACUUUGAGCGACCAGGUGCAGUUGGCAUGUCUCCCUCCUGCUGGCACUGUGCUGUCCAACCUUUACCCCUGCUACAUCACUGGAUGGGGCAGACUGUACACCGGAGGCCCCAUAGCUGAUAAGCUGCAGCAGGCUUUGAUGCCUGUGGCUGACCAUGCCACCUGCUCCCAGUCUGACUGGUGGGGUAUUGCUGUCAGGGACACCAUGGUGUGUGCCGGCGGGGAUGGAAUUGUGGCCGGAUGUAACGGUGACUCUGGUGGCCCUCUGAACUGUCAGAACAGCGACGGUGCCUGGGAGGUCCAUGGUAUUGCCAGCUUUGUCUCUGGCCUUGGCUGCAACUAUGUGAAGAAACCCACUGUCUUCACCAGAGUGUCUGCUUUCAAUGACUGGAUCGACCAGGUUAUGAUGAGCAACUAAAGAAGAGGACGUAUCAAUAAAAAGACUCACUAAACUAUAAUUAUGAUAUGUGCGUUUCAAUGCUCAGCAAAUCAUUGCAAACUCAGAUGUGACAAACCCUCUCUUGUGCCUCAUUCAGCCACAUCACAGUGACUGGUUCCCCCACCCCCUGAAGGUUUGCCAGAAAUUGAAAAAAUGUCAACAACUGUCCAGCAGGUGUCCUCAUACACUCGUGAUAGAAAAUUGGUUGUGACAGCUUUUCAAAGCAGGGUACUGUGCACAAUUUCCAAUGUUCCUGCCUGAACAACAGCUUCAAUAAACAGAUGUGAUUCCCUUCA